AUGCAAUAUUUCCACCUUUUAUUGGUCGCAAUAGCUUGUAAGGAAAUCUAAAAUAAGAAAUAAUAAUUCUUAACAGAUGAUGGAUAUGAAGAUGAUGAUGAUGACAAUACAGCAUCAAUAUUCUUUCUUUUUAUUCUGGGGUUUUUUCUCAUAAUUUUCUCAGCAGCUUUAUUAUGGUACAAUGAAAGAAGAGAAGCAAUAACAGAAUAUCGAUUAGUAAAUAUGAGAAAAAUAUGUAAAAUUGGAGAUUGUAAUGAAAUUCAUCAUGAAUUAAAUGGAGAACUAGUUCAUAUUCAAGGUAAAAGAAUUAAAAAUUUCAAAUAGGACAAACAUCAACAGAUAUAAUCGUUGAAGAUACUGAAUUUGGAAUAACUUUAUCCUCUUGUAUUAAAUUAAAACGGCAUGUUGAAUAGCUUCAAUUUGUUAGAAUUGAGCAUAAACAUAAAAAAAGUGCUACAACAUAUACAUAUGAAUUAAAAUGGAAAGCUGAAUAAGUUUGUAGUGCUGGAUAUCCUUCUGAAUAUUAAAAUAAACCAUAAUUAUGGUUAGUUAAAUCUUAAGAUAAACUUAAUCCAGAUGUACGAUUAGGAGCAUUUACUUUAUCUGAAUCAUUAAAGUAAGGUUGUAAUAACUUUUAAUUUUUUGUUCCAGAUGAUGCAUAAUUAUAGGCUGCAUCAAAAUUAUUUGGAAAAGAAUUUCCUCAUAUGUAUUUGAUUAUUUUCAAUAAUAUAGAAAAAUUAAUCAACGUGAUCUUUAUUUAUAACAACAUGAAUAUCAAAAAACUGUUGGAGACUUAAGAGUUUGUUUUGAAUAUGUUUUAUGUGGUAAUGCAACAGUUAUUUCUAAACAAAUGAAUAAUACUUUUAUACCAUAUGUAAUAGAAGAUAAAUGGUUAUCUGAAAAGAGUCUUCAUCCAGAUGAAAUGGAUGAAGAUGAAGGUUGUGGUGAUUGUUGUUAAAAAGUAGCUGAAUUAGCAAAAGCAGCUGAAUAACCAUUAAAAGAGAUUGAUUGGAUAAGAGAAAAAUAAUGGUCUAAGAAUAAAGUAUUCUUAAUGGAAUUAAGUAAAAAUGCUGCUUUAACAUAUAAAACAAGAUUCUUAGGUUAUAUAUUAAUGGUAUUUCAAUUUCUUUAUAAAUAAGGUUAUGGGAAUAUUAUUCUUAUUUUACCCAGUUAUAUGGCUUUUUUCAUUAUUACCUUGGAUUGGUCAAUUUACAGCUGCAUUAUUAUUUUUUAUUUUUCUAGGAGUAAGUAUGAUAAUAUCAUUACCUGUUUGUUUACUUAUUGCAUUGGUUGCUUGGAUGAGAUACCACAUAGUUUACGCAAUAAUAAAUUUCUUUGGCUUAAUAGUAGUAUUAUAUAUAGUUUCCAUGUUUGCUGGUGGCAUAUAUUAUUGA